CAGUGAACUUGAUUGUACCUGACCCGAAUACCGCUCGAUCGCUUAUUUCACUGCCAGCUGUACGUCUCUCUUUCUCCUCCUUCAGAAGAAGAGAAAGUGGGACUACAAUUGUUGAAGAAUUUCUUUUCUAUCAGCAAAAUCAUGGCGGAAAAAGGUCAACCUUUGCCGAAGUUCGGUGAGUGGGAUGUCAAUGACCCAGCUUCAGCUGAGGGUUUCACGGCGAUCUUUAACAAGGCUAAGAAUGAGAAAAGGACAGCUGGCAAAUCUGACUCACCGACAAAGGAUGACUCCAUGUUUAAGCCUGAAGCAACUCUUGGAAAGCCUCAGUCUAAAAAAUGGUUUUGCUGCAUGCAAUCUGCUUCUGCGGAAUCUUGAUGCUCAUUAAAGGAAGGGUUGCAACACUAUAGGUGAUGUUAUCCUUGGCCCCCAGCCCCGACUUUUAUUCCAGCAGACUGGAGCCAUAGCAAGCUGUGAUGGGUCAUGCUGGAAUUUGUUUUGUUGUGAUUUAAAUUUUAAUUACAAAGUCUGCACUUAGUCGACAGUAUCAGAGUACAUCAAUUUUCUGUAUAUUGUUUUCUGUGGUUUGGUUCUCUGUAUUUGUAAUUAUAAGCUGCAACUUACCCGAGACCUUCCGUGUUAUGAUUUUGGCUCUACUUGCCUUUUUUGCUCAUUGAAUUGCUUACUGCGUCUGUGUAGUAAACCAACUAUGAUUAUACAUCCUUGAUGUUGUGCCUAAACUUGAGCCAAAGUUAGUUGAAUUCAUGU